AGAAAAGUGUACGUAAAGGAACGUUUGCUCUCUUUUGUUGCUGGAUCCAGUUGAAGCGAUAUUGUAUCCAGUCUUGUUGUCCAGUCGUUCGCAUGGUAGCCGAUGGGACUGCAUACGCACAGAACAUGCACGUCCUUUCUCGCAUGCACCGUUUCGGAUCAUCUCUGAAUGUGACGAAAGAUCUCAGGCUUCGGCAGACUCCCUUAAUUCUCAGAAGGCUAAGAGUAGUCCCAUGCCGCGCCACUGCUCAGCCUAUCUCAGCAAGGCCUCUUGGUACAGACAGUGAGAGAGUGAAGGACAGCGUGGAGUACAACUUUGCCUGUCCGAUCUGUCUCACUACAGAGUUUUCCAUCCAGAAAUCAAACCAAGGGCUUGCACAGGCGUUGCACUGCGACCGCUGUGCUCGGACUUUUUCUGCCAACGAAAAAUCAGUUGACCUGACGUCAACAUCUGGAGCGCCUGCUCGUGUGUACAAGCAGUCUUUCUGGGGAGGCACACAGAUUUUCAGGAGUCCUCUGGUUUCAUUUGCUUAUGAGCGGGGUUGGAGGAGCAGCUUCACAUGGGCAGGGUUUCCCGGUGAGCAGAAGGAGUUUGAGAUGGCUAUGGAUUACCUGCAAGCUGCAUAUGGCGAGGUGUUGGUGGAUAUGAGCUGCGGGAGCGGGUUGUUUUCGAGACGCUUUGUGAGGAGCGGCAAGUUUGCUGGAGUGAUUGCUGCAGACUUCUCGGAGUCCAUGUUGACUCAAGCCAAGCAAUUCUUCGAUGAGGAUAGAAGCUUGGAUACGAGGCAGUACGUAUUACUAAGAGCAGAUGUGGGGCGUCUGCCAUUCCCCACUGGGUCUGUUGCUGCCAUCCAUGCUGGCGCUGCCAUUCAUUGCUGGCCAAAUCCAACAAUGGCGGUGGCUGAAAUCAGCAGAGUGUUAAGACCGGGUGGUGUCUUUGUUGGCUCCACAUUCCUGAAGGCUUCUGCACCUCUCGGGCAGCUGCUCAAUAAUGAUGAUCUCGUCAGGCCUUUGAAUUCGCUUGAUCCCAUGUCUGGCGGCUCAAAUUACCAGUGGUGGGAGGAGGCGGAACUGCGUGAGUUAACUGCGGCCAUGGGAUUGCAGGAUUUCCAGCGACAUAGAACAAACCGAUUCAUCAUGUUUGCUGUCCAGAAACCCCGUAUUUGAUCUCUUAGCCAAUUACCUGGGCAGCCACAUUAAUAGGCUACCAUUGGUGCUGCAUAAAUGACGCUGCAUAGAUUGCAAGGUCAACUGCUGUGUUGUGGCAGUCCAGUCUGUUGCACAGCCAAAUGACGAUCACUGAUGGCAUCUGCUCCCAGCAAUGAGUCAUAGAAAAUGAUGACCACCAGUACUGAUGCCAACAGGUUCUCACC